UUUCAAUAACUUGCUCCACGACGCGACGCCGCGCCGCUGCUGCGCUGCUAUCGUCAUCUGAUAUGUGGGAUGAUAAUGCAAUGGCCAUCCUCCACUUUUUUCUGUAGACCAAUUUUUUCCCGUUAAUUUGUCAAAGAAUCGAAUAAAGUCGUGACGGAGACAGUGCCUUAAAUCGAGUCUGAAAUCAAAAAUUUAAGUUCAACUGGAGUAGGCAGUUUGUCUGUGUCUCAUGACCUGCACAGCACCUUGUAUGAUGGAAGAAUGUUUACUAUUUUAAGUGAAGAAGAGCCACCUCUAACUUGUUAUCUGUGUGGCAAUACAUCUGUUCAACCGAAAGAUAUUACAGGAGUGCAGAAGAGCCAUUUGAGAAAUUUCGAGUCUCUGAAGUUACUCGGAGCAAACGCCUGCACAGAUCCUGACGUUCCAACACGGGAAAAUCCCACUGAACGAGAGUACCUGCAUUGGUUAGUCGGAAAUAUUUAUCAGGAUCAAUGGACGACCGGUGAAACUAUUGUGGAUUACAUUGGACCAAUUCCUGAGCACAUGAAUGGUCCUCACAGAAUGGUAUUUCUUGUAUACAAGCAGCCAAGUACAGACUUCAUUAGGUUUGAGGAAGAACGACUUCCUCCUAAGCAUGAUCAAAAAAAGCGAGGAAAAUUUUCGUCAAUGAAUUUUACCAAGAAGUACAACUUGACAGGACCAGUUGCAGCAAACUUCUUUAUGGCAUACUGGACACAAAAUAUGGCGGCAAACUUGUCCAAACCAACAUCAUCAACUACGGAGGAUCCUAUCUACGAUUACACAGACGAAGAAAGCAAGAAUCAUACUGCUAAGGUCAAAACGUAACUGUAUUCAAUGAAAAACACAAAAUAACUGUGAACAAUAAAAAGACAAUCAGUAAUGCCUAAGAGAUGGGCACAAAUCUGGCUCUCUCCUCCCAGGGAAGAUUGUACAUUA